CCAAAAGAAAUGGAUGCUUCUCCAUUACCCCUCCUAACACUGAUCCCUUUCCUACUCCUCCUCCCCGACAUCAUCCGAUCUCAUACUCCCACCGUCUCCGUCAGAGACUUCGGAGCCACCGGAGACGGCAAACACUACGACACAUCCGCCAUCCAGUCCGCCAUCGACAGCUGCCACACUAAACAAUGCUACGUAACCUUCCCAAACGGCACCUAUCUAACAGCCACCAUCCACCUCAAGUCCAACGUGAUACUAGACAUCCCCAAAGGCUCCACCAUCUUGGGCGGAACUAAAUUGGAGGACUACCCCAAGGAAUCCCGCAGAUGGUUUGUGAUUUUAGCUGAGAAGGCAAGCGAUGUGGGGAUAACGGGGGGAGGGGUCGUGGAUGGGCAGGGGUCGGAGUUCGUGGUGAAGUUCGAUGAAAGGAAAAACGUGAUGGUGAGCUGGAAUCACACCGGAGCUUGCUCCGGCGACGAGUGUCGGCCGAGGCUGGUGGGUUUUCUCGACUCUACCAAUGUCAGAGUUUGGAAUGUUACCUUCACGCAACCUGCUUAUUGGUGCUUGAACAUUUUUCGAUGUCGAAACACAUCGAUUCAUGAUGUUUCGAUCUAUGGAGAUUUCAAUACACCUAACAAUGAUGGGAUUGACAUUGAGGAUUCAAAUGAUACUGUGAUUACCAGAUGCCACAUUGAUACAGGAGAUGAUGCUAUAUGCCCCAAGACAUACAGUUCCCCUAUGUAUAACUUGACUGCAACGGACUCCUGGAUUCGAACAAAAUCUUCCGCGAUUAAACUCGGAAGCGCUAGCUGGUUUGACUUCAAGAACUUGGUCUUUGACAACAUAACGAUCGUAGAUUCUCAUAGAGGGCUCGGGUUUCAGAUACGCGAUGGAGGAAAUGUAAGCGAUGUUACUUUCUCAAACAUAAACAUCAGCACAAGAUAUUACGAUCCGUCAUGGUGGGGAAGGGCCGAGCCUAUCUAUGUCACCACCUGUCCACGACACUUGAAUUCAAAAGAGGGUUCAAUCUCGAACUUGAACUUCGUGAACAUCACAGUAAAUUCCGAAAACGGUAUCUUCUUAUCAGGUUCCAAAGGUGGAUUGCUAAGGAAUUUGAGAUUCAUAAACAUGAACCUGACUUACAGACGAUGGACACGUUACGAAGGAGGAUCGAUUGACUACAGGCCAGGUUGUCAGGGACUUGUGAACCACAACAUAGCCGGAAUCAUCAUGGAACAUAUUGAUGGUCUGGAUGUUGAGAAUGUAAACAUGAGAUGGAUCGAUGGACGAACCGAGGAAUGGGAUAAUCCUUUGGAGUUCAGGCCCUCAACCGUGAAUAACAUUUCGUUGCUCAACUUUCGAUCUGGUUUUUAUCCAGAGAAGGGAUAUUUCGACUCAAAAUAAGAUGUUGAAUUCAUCAUUUUUUUACACGAAAUGAAUGCGUAGACACUACCUUUUAUCAGCUAUAAGCAAUUUGAAAGAAAUUAUCACUAUUA